UGCACAUCUGCAAUCUACAUUCAGCAGUCCACCAUGAGCGCCGCUCAGCCGAUCUUCUCAAAGGGCGAAAACUGCAAACAAGUGUGGCACGACGCGAACGCAGACUACAAUGCGGCCGACACACACCUGGAGAUCAUGGGGAAACCCGUCAUGGAGCGCUGGGAAACUCCGUACAUGCACUCUCUUGCAACAGUCGCGGCGUCUAAAGGUGGAAGGGUGCUGGAGAUCGGCUUUGGGAUGGCCAUAGCAGCUACUAAAGUGGAGUCCUUCCCCAUCGAGGAGCACUGGAUCAUUGAGUGUAAUGACGGCGUAUUCCAGAGGCUACAGGAAUGGGCCAAGAGUCAGCCACAUAAAGUUGUCCCGCUGAAAGGCCUGUGGGAAGAGGUCGCCCCAACCCUACCUGACAAUCACUUUGACGGCAUUCUCUAUGACACAUACCCUUUGUCAGAGGAGACCUGGCACACACAUCAGUUCAACUUUAUCAAGGCUCACGCUCACAGAAUGCUGAAGCCUGGCGGCGUGCUCACAUACUGUAACCUCACGUCCUGGGGAGAGCUGCUCAAAAACAAAUACGACAACAUAGACAAAAUGUUCCAAGAGACACAAGUUCCUCACCUGCUGGAAGCUGGGUUCAAGAAAGAGAAGAUCAGCACCACAUUGAUGGACAUCAGUCCUCCCAGCGAAUGCAAAUACUAUUCCUUCAAUAAGAUGAUCACACCAACUAUUAUUAAAGAAUAAAUACUUUAAUAAAACUGUA